ACGCUCCUGUCCCCAGCCCGGCAUCUACCAUGGCCGACGAUCCGCGGCCCACCCGAACCAUCGGGUUCAACUCGCUCAUCCCACUGCCGUCCUCCCACCCGACACUGACGAUCCCCGUCCAGUCUGGCGACGCUGGCAGCAGCAGCAGCAGCAGCAGCAGUAGCGGCAUCACCAGCCCCACCCCCUCGAGCAUGACCCCGCUCUCGCCGCUCUACCAGUCGCUGUUGCCGUCUUCGGUCAAGACACCGCUGCACAAGCCUGGAGCAGUUCCAGGCCCGGUCCCGGUGCCCAAGGAUACGAUUCCAAUCAAUCCCAAAUUGAUGGACCAGCUCGAGGUGCUCGCAGCCCGGACAGCAGCGGAUGUGCAGCGGCUCAUCUCGACGCUGACCGAUAAUCUCACCAGGAUCUCGCAGCUCACGUCCGAGUCGCUCAAAGUCCAGCAGCUCAGUCUCGAAAAUCUUCAUCAGGCCGCUCUGGCCUCAACCGAGGAGACCCUGAACCUGAUCACCAAAGUCGACGAGCUGAGCCACAACAUGGAGACCAUUGGCUCUCUGGCCGCACAGAUCAAGGCCAUCAAAGAUCAACUCGACUGGUUCGAGGCGGCCGUCACCAAAACAUAGAGCUUCUCCAAGACGAAACGGGACACCCUGUUUGGAACGAGGACCGUCGCUUUCGUCCCAGGUCCUGAAUACACACGCCCAUCGCCCGCCA